AGGACGGAUGGAAUAAACCGGUCAAGGUAUAGUGUUGAAUAAAGGGGAUGUGCUUGUUUACUUUUGUCAGAGAACUUAAAAAGAAGAGGCUGUCAAGAUGCCUGAGACUGGCGGCGCAUCAGUUGUUCCCAAGAAGGGCCUGACACUCGAUGACCUCAUCGCGACCAUUGACCGACAUGAAAGGAACCCGAGCAACAUCCCAAAGGUCGAUACUUUCCAUUUCUGUGGGGAGAGAGUCUCAGAAUGGCUAGAGUGGGUGGAACAAGCUUUGGUCGGGCGGCCGGAUGUUGUAAAGUUUCAACGCAUCCUUCAGUAUGUCCUCCACAGCUAUCAUCAGGAGAUAAAGAAAGUCAUAGAUGCGGCUCAAGGUAGCUGGGAGAGGUUUAAGGAGGGGAUGCAAAGGAAAUACCGCAUGGGAGAUGGGUUGUUAACUACCACGGACCUUGAACCGAUGAACAAAGAGGACUUUACGACUAUAGGGGCCUUUGUUCAAGAAUUUAAGAAGAGGGCGCGGAAGGUCCAUGGGAUUUCGGAGGAAGCACAGUGCGCCAUCUUCCUGGGGCUACUCACAGCAUCGGAGGCCGUCGAAUUGACAAGACAUGGAGGAGGUAGCACUAAGCUCACCUGGGCCACCAUUGACAGAGGGGUGGAAGUUGGGUGCUUGGACCAGGUGGAACAACGUCAGGUACGCCUGCAAAGACAGAAGAGAAAGGAAAGAGAUGCGACCGCUUCUGGGACCCCAGGAGUAACAAGGAUUGUUACAGACGUAUUGGCACAGCUAGGGUAUGCGACAGAGCCGGUGGUGAAAAGGAGGGUGGUGAAGGUUGUUGAAGUAAAAGGAAAAGAGCCUGUGAUAGAGGAGGCUGGUCAGGAGGAGCUCUGGGAAGAGGAAGAGCCCGUGCCGCAGCACCUGACGAAGGUCCAACGCAAAUUUGGGGAGGCCAUUGAUAGAAGGCUUGGAAGAGUGAGGGCUGAAGCCCAACGAAGAGCGGCAGCUGGGCCACCACCCCCUGCCAUGUUCAGGCUAUGGCAGGAAAAGGAGAGACCACCGUUUGGGGUGGAAGAAGUGGGGAGCAAUAAGGAAGUGACUCAAGGGCUGCGAGGAGGAAGUGAGACGGAAGAGGCCAUAAUCAUCGAGUCAGAUGGCGAGGAUGAGGAGGAAAGAACGGAGCCUCUGUCCGUCUUAUUUGAGAAGAUGGAGGACUUGCUGGAUAAGAUGGGGAGGUACCAGCAGAAGUUGGUAGGCCUCUGUGAAGGAGUGAAAGGAUGGAAGUCUAAUGUCCCCACAGUAUUCCUCUAUGACUCCGGCCCGGAGUCAGCGCCUGGGCGACCCGGAGUAAAUGUGGUGGGGUUGUGCCCUCAACCAGGAAUGAGGGGGAGACCUCUCACUCCGCAGGCCCGACUGGCACAGGCAGCGCGAACGAGAAAUCAAGCCAAGGCCAGUACCAGCCAAGAGCCUCCAAGGGGGGAACACGAACCAGGGAGACGGAAAGAGGCUGUGGAAGUAGAGGACGACGAUGAUGAAGAGGAAGAGGACGAGAGGCAGCGCAGAGAAGAGGAUCAGAGAGCGGAGCAGCGGGCAAGGAAAAAGGGAACCAAGGGAGAGGCCGAACCGGUCAUACAUGACGGACCGCCCAAAGAGAGGAAAUACGCGGUCCGGUUGGAAGAGGAAUUUGAUAUAGAGAAGGUGAUUGACCGGCUGCUGGAAGGGCAUAAUGACCUCAUGACCCUGAAGGAAAUCCUAUCGUCAGCCCCGCGACUCCGCGAUGAACUGAAGGGGAGGUUAUCACGGCGCCUGGUGCCCAAUGUCCAUCUAGGUACGAUCCUGCCCAAGGAGGCAGAGUGGGCAGAGUCAGACCUGGAGGAGCCAGCGCCUGCAGAGCCACGCCAGGAGUCAUGCCAGCCCGAGAAGGAGAUGGAAGCAGAGAUCCCAAAGAGGGUCGACCUUCGCACGAGGGAAAGAGUGUCAGCUGGAGAGACGGCUGAAGAAAAGAGGGCGAGACGAAGCAGGCGGAUAGAUGGGAUAUGGCAUGAGAGGCAGAGGUUGGAGACAGCGGGGGAGCUCUCAGAGCAGCAGCAGGAGAGGCAGAGAUCGGAGGCAGCAGGAGGACUCCCGGGUCAGCCACCCAACGCGCCAGCCAAGGCCCCGGAGAUUCCUGAGAUGUGGAGAGACUUCUGGGAGCAGAGAGGAGAGAAGCUUCCAUCGCCAGUCAGAGCCGGGUUUGGGGUGGCCAGAAAGGCGGAAGAAAGGUUAGAUCGUAAGAUCAAGUUCCUGGCCAAGACCACUUUUGACCGGCACUUGUUAUUGGAGGGCGAUCUGGCGGGGAAGAAAAUGAAGGAAGUCAGCCAUGGAGUACGUCUGGAGGCUAUGGAGAUGAAAAUUCAGGAACUUAGGACUUUGGUGGCCAGCCAGACAGCUAUCAUUGAGAGCCUGAGGCAGCAAACCCAGGGAAAGGUGGACAGACCAGAGAGCAGCCGGCAGGGAGAGCAGAGGCAGCCAGGACAGGGAUUGCCAGGACAGCCAUCUGCGACAGAGCCUCGCCAGGAGCCACCUAUGGGGAGGGUUAUCCUGGAGUCAGAGGAGGCGAGAGCACAGAGACAGGAGGAGAGAGAGGCGUUCGAGUUCAGAGCCYCUACCGAGCUCGCGACACUGCCAGUAGCAGCGGCGGGCCCAGUCGUWCCUUUGGCAGUAGAGGAGGGGCUGCCACCAUCKAGCRGUGAGCCGGCUCAGGGYUCAGUARAGGARUCCAUGGGCAUGCUCCUUGAGGCGGUGCAUACUAUGCAGGAGGAGGUGAGUUUGUUUUCACCUGAGCAGAGGAUAGAGGAGCCUCUUGAGAGAGAGAUGAGGAUUGAGGAGGAGGGUGYCAUCRAGGGCAGACUCCAGAGGAUAGGCACACCUGMGURUGGACCAGAGGAGAUUGAGGAGCAGCCCACGGCAGUGCCAGAGGCGACACUCGAGAGGAGGCCUCAGAGGUUGGACACGCCCGAGUACGUCCCAGCGACAGAGGAUUUGAGAGGCAGACUAGGAUCUUGGGCUACUGGAUCUGGGUCUGGUGGACCGGUUCCGGGGACAGAGCAUCAGGAAGUCGUUAGUACCGCAGCUCCUCGAUCAGAACAGCAGGGGGGUGUCGGUAUUUUGGUGGGAUCUCCUUCAUCGCCACCUCCUCAGCCCAGGAAGAAGAAGUUCAAGAGAAAGGUAGAUCAUCUAUGUUUUUACUGCAAGAGGGACGUGCAUCUGGCUUUGGACUGUCUCGAGUUUCUUGAGGAUAAGGCAGCAGGGAAGAUCUCAGAGGUAGGGGGUAAAAUGUAUGAUAGACAGGGUAGGAUAGUAGAGAAGUCCGCAGAUGGACUUAAGGCUCAGUUAUAUAGGCGAAACCAGGAGGAGUUGAGGAGGUAGGGCCGGUUUUGUCUAUAUAAGUGAGCGAGCAUUUUGUGAGGCAUCAACUUAGGUUC